AUGGGCAAGCGAAUACAGUACAUCAAGAUCACGCCGCUCCCCAGUCAUGUUCCCCGUCAGCUUGCCAUCGAGCUGCUCCACAGCCAUGAGGAGGUCAUCAAGCUCAAUCCGUUGGUGACAGGCGCGGCCAAGAUCGAUGCGCCCCGAGACUCUCCCGGCGGUACGCUCGCCCACGUGAAGCCGUCGUGAACAUUGUUUGCUGACACGUCUUGCGCUGGACAGAUGAAUACUUCUCGCAAUGGUACGAGAUCGCCGAGGUCAUCACAUGGGGCUUCGGCAUGAAGAAGAAGAUCUCCUUCAAGGGCGUGUUUCACGAUCUUCCCUACGGCAUGCAGUCGCAUGUCUAUGCGCCCAUGGGAGUGGACAUGCGCAACAAGUACCGAAUCGGGGGCAACCAACCGGGUGAGCCGCGCGAGGCAAGAGAGCUGGGAGUGGACACUCCGUUGGAUGGACUAUACCUGAGGGAAGACGUGGAGAUCGUCUGCAACAUCGCGCUGGCAAGCUAUGUCAAGAGAGAGGCGAAAGAUGCGACGGGCAAGAUGGUGGAGCGCAUGUUGCGAAAAGCGGAAUUGCUGGACGAGGGCAAACUGCAUGCCAUGUUCGAGAAUGGGAAGCUGAAGACUUCGAAACCGAGCGCAUUCGGCCGCCCAGGCGCCAGCUUCGAUGGCAGUCUUACCCCGGGCAGCGCGCCAUCCAGUCCUGUGCCCUCUUCUACAGGCUUUGGAUCGCCUCGACUCGACGUCAAAGGAUACGGCAACUAUCACGACAUCGCCCGCACUCAGAGCCAACACAGGCUGAUGCAAUAUCUGCCCGCGUAUCAGCAGUCAGGCUACAUGGGCACGGAGCACGCGCGACUUGGCGCAGAGAAGUUCGCCAAUGGCUCCACGCCGUUCAUCAAUGAAUUGGAAGGAUCUAGUCACCCACCUCCUGGCUCACCAGGCCUCUCCUCUGGCGCUUUCAGGCAUCAAGGUGCUUCUUUCCGAUCCGAGCUCCCAGGAGACAGCUCGUUCAGCACAGGGCUACCAUCACCGCAACCCUCACCACGACAGCCAUCACAAACACAUCUAGAUCCGCACUCACAAUCACAGCAACAGUACCAAGCGUAUCCCGGCAACGCUCAGCAAUCAUCAGAGGGCGGCCCCUUUAGCGGGUACUCCAAUCACACAGACACCACGAGGACGAACAGCUACGGCGGACAAGACAGUGGGACAGCGACAUGGCAGACUGGCAUCGCCAGCAGCAGUAGUCAGGCCAGCGCAAGUCCCCAGCCAAGCCAAGACAAUGCGAGAUCACAUCAGGCCCAGCAUUCCACGUCGAGCAACAUCAUGCCCGACCACGAACGCUUCGGGAACCUCUCCGUCCGAAAUCCACACGGAACACCCGAUCCACCGCCUCGAAAUCCAGCUAGGAGGUAUUCAAUGCACAUGGAUCCCUUGGCAGCAGCUCUGCCCGUCAAGUGCCCCGUCUGUGGACUCUUUGAGGGCGAUGAGGCUGCUGUCAGUCAUCAUGUCAGUAAAGUGCAUUUCACAUGA